CAUUCGGUGAACAUCUUGAGCUCGCGCGUAACUUCUUUCAACCACACGAUGGCUCUGUGCUGCGUCCUCUCCUCGACGCUCCUCCUAGCCAUCGUGAGCUAGAGCUAAAACCCCCUCCCGUGGUCUCCCCGCUCCUGCUGUCUGUCGCGCUACGCAGAGGCAGGCAGAGCCAGGAAAGCCGACCUUCUCCUCUCGAGUCCUAGCAGUCACAGAGUGAAGAUGGUUGGCGGCUCGUGUGCUCGCAGGUUGGCCCGCCGCUCGCGGUCCGCCUUAAUAGCGGCUCUCACAGUGCUGCUGGUCCAAACGCUGAUAGUGUGGAACUUCAGUAGCCUCGAUUCCGGGGAAGAACGAGAAAACGGCGGCGGUGGCGCGUCGAACAUGAGGGAGAAGAGAGACCGGGUCGGCGGCGGUGGCUACAAAGGCAGCGAGUAUAUGAAGCGCGGGGUUCAACUACAGCACCAUCCUCCACAAGGGAAAGGGACGGUACGUCACAUACAGCAGCCGGAUGGCUACUAUUCCCACCGGCCCAAGGAGAAGGUCAGAGUGGACAGCAACAAUGAGAACUCUGUGCCCAAAGACUUUGAGAACAUAGACAAUAGUAACUUUGGUGCCCGCUCGCAGCCCCAGCGCCAGCCCCCAGGGGGCGCUAGUAGUAACAAACGCAGGGAGAAGCUGCAGGAGAAUGCCCAUGCCCAACAGGCAGCCUGGAAGGAUAACGCUCCCAUUCUCAGCCGGAGCUCCAACGAGGUCCUCCAGUAUGGACGAGCCGUAGCCCAGAAUGGCUCACUUCCUGUGGGCCCGAAAGCGAUUGGAGCCGGGUUGGCGGGGGUGGGCUCCAGGAACCACCACACCCGCUCUUCACAGCCACAGAGCCAGGGUCAGGUUCAGUCUCACCCCCAGUCACAGUCCCACCCCAAGACUCAACAUAGACACCAACACCCGCAUCAAACCAAGAAGCAGGCGACUGCGGCUCCAUUGGAGGUCGUCUACGACCAGCCGCCAAAGUGUGAGAUCAGUGGGAAGGAAGCCAUUUCAGCUCUGUCUAGAGCCAAGACCAAGGAGUGCCGGCAGCAGAUAGCUGAGGUGUACUGCAGACACAAGGAGGGUCAACUGAUGCCUGAGAAGGUCACCCGCUACUGUCCCAUAGAGGGUAAGGCCAAUGCCAACGUGGCGUGGGAGGAGGACUCGUCAGAGGGCCCCCCGUCGGCCCCUGUCAGGAUAGCCUUCGUCCUGGUGGUCCACGGCAGAGCCUCACGACAGUUCCAAAGACUCUUCAAGGCCAUCUACCACACCUCACACUACUACUAUAUACAUAUAGACCAGCGUUCCAAUUACCUCCACAGACAGGUGCAGGCCCUGGCCUCCCAGUACCCCAACGUGAGGGUGACGCCCUGGAGGAUGGCUACCAUCUGGGGCGGUGCCAGCCUGCUCACAAUGUACCUCCGUAGCAUGGCAGACCUCAUCACCAUGACCGACUGGAGCUGGGACUUCUUCAUCAACCUCAGCGCUGCAGACUACCCCAUCAGGACCAACAGCCAGCUGGUGGCCUUCCUGUCCAAGUACAGAGACAUGAACUUCAUCAAGUCCCACGGCAGAGACAACGCCAGGUUUAUCCGCAAACAAGGUCUGGACCGGCUUUUCUUCGAGUGCGACACCCACAUGUGGCGACUGGGCGACCGUAAAAUCCCAGAAGGCAUUUCUGUGGACGGCGGUUCUGAUUGGUUCCUGCUCAAUCGUGCGUUCGUGGAGUACGUUAUAAAAUCCCAAGACGACCUCGUCAUCAACAUGAAGCGCUUCUAUACCUACACACUGCUGCCCGCUGAGUCGUUCUUCCAUACGGUGCUGGAGAACAGUGCUCACUGUGAGAGCAUGGUGGACAACAACCUGCGCAUCACUAACUGGAACAGGAAGCUGGGCUGUAAGUGUCAGUACAAACACAUAGUGGACUGGUGCGGCUGCUCCCCCAACGACUUCAAACCUGCCGACUUCCACCGCUUCCAGCAAACAACCCGGCCUACGUUCUUCGCCAGGAAGUUUGAAGCCAGUGUUAACCAGGAGAUCGUGAACCAACUGGAUGGCUACCUGUUUGGACCUAUGCCCCAGGGGACCCCUGGCCUCCAGGCCUACUGGGAGAGUGCGUUUGAUGAGGCGGACGGGGUCGCGACCCUGAGCGACACACAGCUCACACACUACCAUGCGUUUGCUCGUAUGGGCCUGGCCAGAGCGGCAGCCUCGCUGCAAGGAGAUCCUAAGGAUGACAGCUGCAGGUAUUUCCCCAUGGGCCACCCGGUGUCGGUGCAUCUCUACUUCCAGUCGGACCAGUUCCAGGGCUACCUGGUCAAGCACCACGCCACCAACCUGGCAACCAGCAAGCUGGAGACCCUGGAGACCUGGGUAAUGCCCAGGAAGACCUACAAGGUGGCCUCCCCGCCCAGCACCUUCAACAGGCUGCAGUUCGCUGAGAUCGGCACAGAGUGGGAUGCCAAAGAGCGCAUGUUCCGUAACUUCGGUGGUCUGAUGGGUCCCAUGGACGAGACGGUCGGGAUGCAGCGGUGGUCCAAGGGCCCCAACGUGACGGUCACCGUGGUGUGGAUCGACCCCACCAACGUCAUCGCUGCCACCUACGAUAUCCUGAUCGACGCCAGCGCAGAGUACACCCACUACAGACCCCCACUGAACCAGCCUCUCAGGCCCGGGGUGUGGACCAUACGGGUGUUGCAUCACUGGAGCCCCGUGGCAGAGACAAGGUUUCUGAUUAGUCCGCUGGCUUAUAUGAAGCAUCAGCCUAUAAGACAAGAGGACACGCUGAAGCUCCACAACGGACCAGCCAAGAACAGUUAUAUGGAGCAGAGCUUCCACGGCCUAAACCCCGUGCUCAACAUCCCUGUACACCUGGGCCAGGUGGAGCAGGCUAAGCGCAACGCCGUCCUGACUGGCCCCGCCCUGGAACACUGGGUAGACGGCCUGGUGGGUGCGAUGUGGGAGGCUGGGGACGUGUGUUCCACCUCCAUGACAGGGGGACCCGGAACAUCCUGCCCCGUCAUGCAGGCCUGCGCCAAGACCCCAUGGAGCUCGCUCAGCCCCGACCCCAAGUCCCAGCUGGUCCCGCCGCACGCCGAUGGGCACAUCAGGUAGCAGUGGCGCCUCCGGCUGGACAGGAGGCCACACUGCAGGUCUUAAGAUGAAAUAAUUUAUUUUUUGUAUCUCUUUUUAUUUUAUUUUUAUUUUUCCGUCGACGUAAUGGAUCAGAUAAGAAGAGAAAAGACAGAAGUUGUGUUUUUUUAAGGCUGGUUGGAGGUUGAAGGAUCGUUGAAGAGGAAGAGAAGGUCUGGAGGUUGAAGGAACGUUGAAGAGGAAGAGAAGGUCUGGGGAAAGUUUUGUGGUGUCAUGCAAGUUUCAGACUCCUGAAGUGUUCCUCUUUGGGGUUUUUGCCGGCUUUGCCGUUUUCUGUUUCCCAAUGUAUUUAUUUUCAUCUCAUUGCUGAGUUUACUGUGAUUGAUGCUGUGUCCGAUGUAGAGACAAAUGUUGCUUUGCCAAGCACCUAGUAAGGCCGCCUAGUCUGCUGCUGAAUGAAAGGGCGAUUGUGAAGUCAGUCAGAAGUCAGAGUGUUCGGGUGGAACAGGAUAGUCGACACUGGUAGUGGACCAAGUUCUGGGCCGUAUUCACAAAGCGUUUCAGAGUAGGAGUGCUGAUUUAGAAUCAGUUUUCUCUUUUAAAUCAUAAUGAAUAUGAUUAUAUAGCCAGGGGGGACCUGAUCCUAGAUCAGCACUUCUACUCUGAGAUGCUUUGGGAAUACGGGCCCUGCUUCUCAAGGUCGGUUUGGCCUACAUGUAGGGAGACAGACUGAACCGCAACCUCGGAUGGUGUCGCGAAUAUCUUUUUAAAAAAGCGUAAUUCCUUGCCUCAAUCUUUGCGUAUGACCGACAAAGUUACUAUGGCACAGCAGUACUUAUUGACUUUCAGUGCCUGAACAGGAGAAAGAUGUGUGGGUGUGACUGGACUAUGGAGUGACAUUAGUGCCAGUAGAAGUUGAAUUGAAUUCAUGAAUGAUUUAAUCUAGAUUCAGUUUUGAUUGGCACUAAUAUCACUCUAUACUGGACUGCCUGAAACUUGAAAUGAAAGUAUAUCAGCUGUGCUUUCGCAAGAAAACAGAAAUUCUCAAGCGUAACUUUUUAUUUCCUUUUUUAAGAAUUUCUGAAUAUUUGGUUUUAAUAACAGUUUAUGUUGCAAGUAUGAAAAAUAAUAUGUCUCAAAGUUAUUGUCGUGUGAAUGGAGUGAGUUGUCCACAAGUUGCUAUUUAUUUAAAAGUUUAUAUAAAUACAGAAUAUUUUUAGUCAAUGACUAAAUGACUACAACGCUGCUUUGGCAGCUCGAUAAAUAUUUUUUUGUAAAGAGAAACUGCCUUUAUUUACAAAGGCCAACGCCCCAACGAACCUGUAUACCUAUUUUGGGCGAACAAACCUAAUGCCCACCUGUGUGUCCGUGUUGGCCGGUCUGAAUAGCUUUUCCUGUCUUGGUUCCUUCAUUGGCUGUUUGCCAAGUCUUCGUCACACGAGGAAGCACCCAGGACUGAAAGGUCACAGAAAGGUCAGCUUUCAGUCAACAAAAAAGUCAACAAAAAAGACAGAAACACUCCAAAAACUCUCCAAAAUGUGUGUUGGAGUCAUUUCGUGGUGAUGUUACAUUUCCUAUUUGGUUCCGUGUCAGUACCAGGAUGUUAGUGAUUGAUGAUGCUGUUCAUGCUGUGGCAAAAAUGUAAACAAAUAUUUGUAUCUUGAUCAAGGAACUGUUGGAUUGGGCCCAGGCAACUUUGGUUUUCACUGGAUCUUCUACUACAUACUAAGUACUUUUGCUGCCAUCAAGACUAUCUCUCAGUUUACCACAGUUCAAACUUAGCCUAUAGAACAUAACAUGCCCCCAGUUCAAGCA